CAGAGCCGCACUUCCCCAUCCUUCCGAGGGAUGACGCUAGAAUCCAAAAGACAGAUUCAUCAUCGCGGGGUCUCCAGCUCUGCCUGUGUGUCACAUGGAAACACAGUAGCCGAGCAGCCGAGGGGAUGCUAGGGGAGAUGGAGGGGGCUGGAGAGGGUCUGUGGUAGAAGAAACCCGGCUCCACCUGGACUCUGAGGGCCGACGCCGAACACAGGCGGCUCCGACGCCGCACCGACUCCUGGCUCCUGCGUGCACGGCUGACCGGAGGAGCGCGGACGGGCGGCCAGAAUGCCACAUGCACUAUGCUGCAUUUCGGUCCGCUGAAGCGCCGGGAGACGACACGCCGAGCCGCCGUUGGACUUUACUGAUUAUGCGCUCCGGGGGCGAGGAGGCAGAAAGUGAAGGCAGCGACCAGAGCGGGUCGACGAUGCUGCGUCCCUGAGCUGAAUUCCAGUGAGAGCGUGGAUCUUCCCAGUGUGCAUGAGCGUAAGAGUGUGAGUGUGUGAGAGCAAGUGAGCGCCAGCGCUCCCACAUGGCCUCCAUGCAGGACGGGCUGAACUUCACGGCUCCUCCCUACGGCAAGGUCUUGCUGCUGGGUGCUAUCGCUGCUGCCUCAGCCUUCGUUGUUACCAUCCUCAUUGUGGUGCUCUGUGUGGGCUGCCAGAGGAAAGGAAAAACACACAAUGUCCCCGGUGAAGGUGGGAAACACAGACUCAUGGACAUGGGUAUACUCAGACAGUCAAAGCUGCGGUCUAUCAGUAAAUCAGACACCGAGAUGAACAAGAUGAACUGUAAUGGCAAAAGCAGGCAGCUUCCCCAGAUCCCUUCUGGGACUGGAGAGGAUGGAGAGCACACUUACUCAGAAGUGGGCAGAAGCUCCUCCACCACACGUACUGACGAUGCCCUCUACGCCAUGGUAGGCAGGGCCGGACAGACGGACACCCCCGCCCCUCCUGCGGUACCUGCAAACACUCCGGCGCCUCCAGACCCGGAUGGAGACGUGGAGGAAGGCCUGGCCGAGUCCGAGGCCCAGGUCAUGUCCGCGCCCCACCCCACAGAGACGGCCGAGUACGCCUGCGUCAGGAAGUUGAGGAAGGCUGACAAGGCACCCCAAAAGAGGGACAGCGGGACAGACAUGGCGGAGGCACCUGCGCCGCCUUCACGACAUGCUCCGCCGUCGCACCCCGCCCCUCCUCCGCCGCACCCCCACAGCACAAAGUUGCCCCGUAAAAACAUGGAGGCCUUUAAUGUCCCAUCGUUUCCAAAGGAAGUGAUGUUUAUGGGCAAUGGAGAGCAGUACAUCUGGAAGCCUCCGGAGGACGAUGACAUGUUUAUGCUGCAGAGUAAAGCCCUGGCUCCACUGGGUUCUCACACGGUGGAGAAUAUACAGCCAUCUGCUGCAGCGGUGGCGGAGAUGUACUCCAAGGUGUGUAAACCAGGGAAGAAGAAGAGAGCUGUGCCCGGGUCUCCUCCGGCCAACCUCGGCUUCCGGACCUUGGGUCGUGGUGACCGGGACGGGGGGUUCAGUGUAGUGGUCAAACCUCAGACCUGGGCUCCUCAGGAGGGCAAAGCGGUUGGAGGAUCCCUGGAUGAUCACUGCUACGAGUCCAUCGGGUCGGAGGAAUGCGACCCGGCCUACGAGAACGUGGAAGGCGGAGGCGUCUGGAAGCGGGAGCGACCUCCCAACACGUGUGCCACGCUGCGGCCGCGGAGGAAAAAAGGCCAGCAGCCCCUGCAGCAGCAGCAGCCCCCUCCGCCCCCGCCCACCCAGCAGACCCCUAAGUUGCAGCACCUCCCCGCCAAGGCCCUGCUGCUGCCGGGGGAGAACCUGUACGAGAGCAUCGGCGACCUGAAGCACGGCUCCACCACGUCCAGCACCACCACCAUCUUCACCUUCAACGACGGCAUGGAGAUGUACGUAACAGGGCUCUAAGGCGGCGGUCACAGUGUGACACCCCACCCCCCACUCCCCCACCCUCACCUCACGUCUUCAACACAAGGAGCUGAGCGAACACCCAAUGACGGCUGAGCUCCCUCCCACCCCAUCAUGCUCACCUGCACAUGCUGUUCAUAUUUAAGUCAUGACCUCCUCGGGCCUGACCCGGGCCACAGAGACCUGGACGUUGACCUGUUCUGACCCGGGCUGAACGCAGUCUAAUGUUUAAGGUUUAUAAGAAUUCCAAAGGUAGUAAAUAAUUAAUGAGCACAAGACCACAGCUGAGGAACCUGCUGGCGACGGUAGCACUUCUGUCCGGGUGAUACAUUCUGUGCAAAGCACAACAAAGUGAAAGGCCUAAAUUCUUCCUCAAUUCUAGCGGGUAAAAAAUUAAAGUGGUCCUGAAGCGGGACCCCUGAUCUGGGGUGAAAGGCACAGCGUGGCGUAAAAAAAAAAAUCUUUUGGUAGCACUUAAGUCUGUGACGGGCAGGGCUUCCCUGUAGUUUGUCAAGAUGUGAUUCAAGGUGGAAUUGAAAUGAAAAUAUGAGGGAAUGAAUUACUAAUCAAAAAAACUUGAAAGCUCAGGGACCAAGAGAAACAAUGAUGAGAGUAUUCUAACUAAAAUUGCACAUGUUUUGCAUUCCUCCUGAAGGCUUCGACUAAUUUUGACCAUUAUCAGCAUUAAAAAAAAAAAAAAUUACACAAAGCUAAAUAUUUAUGUCAUCUUUAGUUUAAUCCUCCACGGACUGAACACUGUCUCCACUGCAGUCUGUAAAUCAGGGGUCUCAAACUCAGGUGAGCGGAGAGCCACUGCUGCCACCGUCCCUUCACUGAAGGGUCGCGUCAGUGUUAUAUGUACAAUCAAAAAAAAAAAAAAAACUACUUUAAAAGGUAGUUUUGGUUCCUAAAUGACCUGUGAAAUAAAUCAAAAUUUAAUUAAAAAAUGUAAUCAUUAUUGACACCUGGUUAAGGGCCAAUUGUGGAAGGCGGAUCAGGAGUGGCCCCCGAGCCAGGAGUUUGUUACCCCUGCUGUAAAUGAUGUGUUUUACUUUGUUGAUAUUGUUUUUUGCACCUUGCCUGCUACGGAUUGCAUGCUUAAAAAAAUGGAAAAAAACAAAAAAAAAAAAAAAAA